CAAAUAAUCAAAACUUUGUUUCAGCAAAUCACACACCCAAACAAUGGCACUAAGACCACCACUACCCACGCUUUCUUCAAUCUGUUCUUCCAGAAUCCACUCCAGAAACCUGUUUUUCUCGAGCUCCAAAUCGAGGUUUCUCGACAACCAGUGGCCGCCGGCGCAAGGCAAACGGUUGAUUUUCUCCGGGAGGAGCAGAAUUGGAGGCAAAACGGUGAAGGCGUGCGUGAAAUUGGAAGAGAAAAAUGCACCGGAAACAGACAAAGAGUGGGGGAAGGUCUCGGCGGUCCUUUUUGAUAUGGACGGAGUUCUGUGUAACAGCGAAGACCUUUCGAGAUUGGCCGCCGUCGAUGUUUUUGCCGAGAUGGGGGUUCAAGUCGCCGUUCAGGAUUUUAUUCCUUUCAUGGGCACAGGUGAAGCCAAAUUUUUAGGAGGUGUUGCUUCUGUAAAGGGUGUGAAGGGAUUUAAUCCGGAGGCGGCAAAGAAGAGAUUUUUCGAAAUCUAUCUGGACAAGUAUGCGAAGCCAAGUUCUGGGAUAGGUUUCCCUGGUGCGUAUGAACUUAUAGUACAGUGUAAAAACAAAGGCCUCAAAGUGGCUGUUGCAUCUAGUGCUGAUCGUAUUAAGGUUGAUGCCAAUUUAGCAGCUGCUGGUUUGCAGCUUUCAAUGUUUGAUGCUAUUGUAUCUGCGGAUGCAUUUGAAAACUUGAAACCUGCUCCUGACAUUUUCUUAGCUGCAUCAAAAAUUUUAGAUGUGCCCACAAAUGAGUGCAUUGUGAUUGAAGAUGCAUUGGCUGGAGUGCAAGCUGCAAAAUCAGCUAAUAUGAGAUGCAUAGCUGUAACAACAACGUUAGGAGAAGAAACUUUGACAGCAGCUGGUCCAUCACUUGUCAGAAAGGAGAUAGGAGAUAUUUCCCUUGAUGAUAUUCUCACUGGUGGCUCUGUUUACCAUAAUCCUGAGCUGUCUUCUCAAUCUACUAGUGCUUCUUCACAAACUCUGCCCAAUUCAACCAGUAAGCAAAUUAAAUCGUUUCAGGAUAAAGAUUCUACGGCAGACUUCUCAGUUGGAGGGUUUCAGGGUUCUCGACGAGAUAUUGUGAGGUAUGGAAGCUUGGGAAUUGCUGUUUCUUGCCUUCUCUUCACCGCCUCAAACUGGAAAGCCAUGCAAUAUACAUCUCCAAAAGCUAUAUGGAAUUUGUUUUUCGGGGCUAGCACUCCUUUUGGACCAGGAGAAGGAUCUCGUAAUGAGAGAGUCCAACUGUUUGUGAACUACAUAUCCGAUUUGGAGAAAAGGGGUACCGGAACAACUGUUCCAGAGUUUCCAUCUAAACUUGACUGGCUCAACACAGCUCCUCUUCAGCUGCGCAGGGAUUUGAAAGGAAAAGUGGUUCUUCUUGAUUUCUGGACCUAUUGCUGUAUAAAUUGCAUGCAUGUGUUACCAGACCUAGAUUAUCUUGAGAAGAAGUAUAAAGAUAUGCCGUUUGUUGUUGUAGGAGUGCAUUCUGCAAAAUUUGACAAUGAGAAAGACUUGGACGCCAUUCGGAAUGCAGUUUUACGCUAUGGAAUCACUCAUCCGGUUGUGAAUGAUGGUGAUAUGUAUUUGUGGAGAGAGUUGGGUAUAAGUUCAUGGCCUACAUUUGCCCUCGUCGGACCAAACGGCAAGCUUAUAACACAAGUAUCUGGUGAAGGUCGCCGCAAGGAUCUUGAUGAUUUGGUUGAGGCAGCAUUAUCGUAUUAUGGUGGAAAGAAUGUAUUGGACAGCACACCUAUUCCCUUGAAUUUGGAGAAAGACACUGAUCCUCGAUUAUUGACAUCUCCUUUGAAAUUUCCUGGUAAGCUGGAGGUUGAUGUUCUCAACAACCGACUGUUCAUUUCUGACAGCAACCACAAUCGCAUAGUAGUCACUGACCUUGAUGGUAACUUCAAAAUGCAAAUUGGAAGCAGCGGAGAAGAGGGUCUUCGUGAUGGUAACUUUGAGGAUGCCAUGUUCAACCGCCCACAAGGACUUGCUUAUAACGCAAAGAAAAACCUCCUAUAUGUAGCCGACACUGAAAAUCAUGCUCUAAGGGUGGUUGAUUUUGUCGAUGAGACUGUGCGAACACUUGCUGGAAACGGAACCAAAGGUUCUGACUACCAAGGAGGAGGAUCAGGAACAACUCAGCUCCUGAAUUCCCCAUGGGAUGUCUGCUUUGAGCCUGCAAAUGAAAUUGUUUACAUUGCAAUGGCUGGCCAGCAUCAGAUUUGGAAGCAUAAUACAGUAGACGGAACUACUAGAGUUUUUAGUGGCGAUGGCUAUGAAAGAAAUUUGAAUGGCUCCAGUUCUGGAAGCUCUUCAUUCGCUCAACCUUCUGGAAUUUCAUUGUCACCUGAUUUAAAGGAAGCAUACAUUGCUGAUAGCGAGAGUAGCUCUAUUCGAGCAGUUGAUCUAGGAACAGGUGGAUCGAGACUCCUAGCUGGUGGUGAUCCGAUUUUCUCUGACAAUUUAUUUAAGUUUGGGGACCACGAUGGAGUAGGUUCUGAAGUACUUCUUCAACAUCCUUUAGGUGUCUUUUGUGGAAGUGAUGGUCAAGUUUAUUUUGCGGAUUCGUACAAUCACAAGAUUAAGAAGCUGGAUUUAGCUAGUAAGAGAGUCAGUACAUUAGCAGGUACUGGAAAGGCUGGAUUCAAGGAUGGAGCAGCCUUAGAAGCCCAGCUUUCAGAGCCUUCCGGACUUAUUGAAGCGGGAAACGGAAGAUUAUUCGUAGCCGAUACAAAUAACAGCAUAAUACGGUAUUUGGACCUGAACAAGAAAGAACCGCUACUGCUUACUUUGGAGUUGAAAGGUGUCCUACCUCCUGCCCCUAAAUCAAAAUCAUUGAGGCGCCUUAGGAGGAGAUCCUCAACCGACACAGAGACAGUAAUGAUUGAUGGAGGUUCUUCCAAUGAGGGCAAACUAUGUCUAAAUAUAUCCGUGCCACAAGGCUACCAUUUCUCAAAGGAAGCACAAAGUAAAUUCAGUGUGGAAUUUGAACCAGAGAAUGCGACAUCGGCUGAUCCCAUGGACGGGAUUAUCAGCCGUGAAGGAUCUACGCUUGUACAGUUUAAAAGAUCCUCCCCUUCAUCGUCUAAGACUAGAAUUUACUGCAAGGUAUACUAUUGUAAGGAAGAUGAGGUUUGUUUAUAUCAGGCAGUGACGUUUGAAGUAUCUUUCCAAGAAGCUGUACCUGAUUCCACCCCAGCAGAGAUAACGCUAGCUUAUCUCGUCAAACCUAAAUCAUGAUUCUCGUAAUUAUUAAGGUACAUAAAAUCCGUGAUCCGUUACGAAAAUCGUUUUUGUGUUUCUCUUCUCUUUUGCAAAGGUUGUUGAAUAGAGACCAAGAUUGAACGCAUCCUCAAAUGAAGGAUCAUAGUAUCUAUUUAUGUACCAUUUUGUUUUUGAUUAUACAGACAAACCAAAUUAGCUUCAUAAAGAUGAAAGUGAUGGAUAUUAAUUAAUAUAAUUAGAUUCAACUUAUUCCUUUGUUAAUAGAAUGAGGAUUCAUCCUCUACUCAAUAUUAUUAUUCAUUUGUUAAUAGAGGUAAUUUUCUGA